GGUAUCUCCCUCCCGACCUACGGUUUCAGUCUUUUUCAGGUCAACGAUGUCUCGGCACGCGUGCUUUAUAAAGGGGGCAGUGGGAAGGCUGCAAAAGUCGGCUUUCGUAAGUCUAACCCAUCUUGUUUCACAUCUCAUGCCCUCCUGUAUGGACACAUGGGAUCCUGUAUAGCUGUGGCACAUAUAAAUCUUCCAGUCUUUCAGUUUUGCGCCGCGUAUCAUGAUUUCGCCAUCAGCGACCAAAAUACUCACGGAAUUCAAGCCCAGGGCUAGUCUCUUUGGAAACACCCGGGUUCUACUCAGCACUGCAUCAUUCGAAGAAGACAAACGAGGCCACUACCGCAGAGACGUGCGCGGAAUCACUACUCAGUGCUACCCUCUGAAGCAUCGAAUACCCCCUGGGACAUGGGAUACGCACAUGCAUGUCGUCGACCCACAGCGUUUCCCGGUUUCUCCUUACGCGGUGUACAGCCCUUCGAAGCAUACUAUCGAGGAGGCCAUGUCAUUCGAGUCGUCUUUGGGAAUUGGAAAAAUAGUCUUAGUUCAGCCGUCGAUAUACGGAACCGAUAACUCCUGUCUUCUGGAAGCACUUCGAUACGUGGGACCCUCCCGUGGGCGAGCGGUGGUGGUAAUUGAUCCGACAACGAUUGACGCCCAAACUCUUGCGGACUGGCAUGCAAUAGGCGUGCGCGGUGUACGGGUGAAUCUCAAAUCAGUUGGCAAGGUGCUUGAUGAACGUGAAUUAGCAGAGACUCUCCUGCAACAUGCGCAGGUCAUCCGGCCUUUCGGAUGGGUCCUUCAGGUUUACAUCUCUCUGGAUAUGGUCCCGAUGCUGCAGAAUGUCGUCCCCAAGCUGGGUGUCAAGUUGUGCAUCGAUCAUUUUGGAGGUCCGGAUUUGACAACACUUGACGACAAACAGCACCAUGUGUUAUCGUUCAAUCCCUAUGCUUUACCUGGCUUCUCAGCCCUGAUAGCUCUUCUCCAAGCCGGAGAGACAUACGCUAAGAUCUCUGCGCCGUACCGCCUCAGCAAGGACGAACAAUAUAGGGACCUGGAGGCAAUGGCGCGAGAAUUCCUUCGUGUGGCUCCUAAUCGGGUUCUCUACGCAACCGACUGGCCCCAUACGCGCUUCGCUGGCACGGACAUUGAGCCAUUCACAGAAUCGUGUCUGCGCUUAUGCGAGGAUGUGCCCGGGCUGGCAGAUCGGGUCUUCGUGCGGAACGCCGAAGAGAUGAUGGGGGAAAACGUAUGAUGACCGAUUCCGGCGUUGCAUUUUCAUAAUCACUUCUUACGAUUUACGACUAGACUAGCAUAAUACCACAUACCAUCGCUUGCACCAUG